AUGUCGAACCUUCCAUCAGAGCCUGAGUUCGAGCAGGCAUACAAGGAGCUAGUCUCCACCCUACAGAACUCCUCGCUCUUCGAGAAGAACCCCGAAUAUAAGAAAGCCCUCAAAAUCGCCUCCAUACCCGAGCGGAUCAUCCAAUUCCGAGUGGUCUGGGAAGACGACAAGGGCGAAGUCCAAGUCAACCGCGGUUACCGAGUCCAGUUCAACUCCGCUCUAGGUCCCUACAAGGGCGGUCUCAGAUUUCACCCCACCGUGAACUUGUCAGUCUUGAAGUUCUUGGGCUUCGAGCAGAUCUUCAAAAAUGCCCUGACCGGCCUGAACAUGGGCGGUGGAAAGGGCGGUGCCGAUUUCGACCCCAAGGGCAAAUCAGACAACGAGAUCAGAAAGUUUUGCUGUGCUUUCAUGAGCGAGUUGGGCAAGCAUAUUGGUGCGGAUACUGAUGUUCCCGCUGGUGAUAUCGGCGUUUCUGGCCGCGAGAUCGGCUGGUUGUUUGGACAAUAUAAGAAACAGACAAAGCUGUGGGAAGGCGUUUUGACUGGCAAGGGAGGAUCAUGGGGAGGCUCUCUCAUCCGGCCAGAAGCCACCGGUUAUGGUGUCGUUUACUACGUUGAACACAUGAUCAAAUACGCCACUGAAGGCAAGGAAUCCUUCGCAGGAAAGAAAGUCGCCAUCUCUGGAUCCGGCAAUGUCGCCCAAUACGCUGCAUUAAAGGUCAUCGAGCUGGGUGGAACCGUCGUUUCGCUAAGUGACAGCAAAGGCUCCAUCAUCGCAACUACGGACAAAGGCAUUGAAGCCGAGCUCAUCGAAAUCAUCGCCAAGCUAAAAGUCGACCGGAAACAACUGUCCGAGGUCGCCAGCACAUCCGACUUCAGCAGCAAAGUUAAGUAUAUCGACGGUGCCCGCCCGUGGCUACACGUUGGCGAAGUCGAUGUUGCCCUUCCCUCGGCGACUCAGAACGAAGUGUCAAAAGAGGAGGCUGAAGGCUUGAUCAAGGCCGGCGCCAAAUUCAUCGCUGAGGGCAGCAACAUGGGUUGCACGCAAGAGGCAAUCGACGUUUUCGAAGCGGACCGGAAAUCCAAGAAGGAACAGGCCAUCUGGUACGCCCCGGGCAAGGCCGCCAACGCUGGUGGUGUGGCCGUCUCCGGUCUGGAGAUGGCUCAAAACUCCGCCCGCAUCAAGUGGACCGCGGAGGAGGUCGACCAGAAACUCAAGGACAUCAUGAAGAACUGCUUUGAAAACGGCCUGCAGACGGCCAUGACAUAUGUCACCCCAGCUGAGGGCGAGUACCCCAGUUUGGUUGCGGGCAGCAACAUCGCUGGGUUCAGCAAGGUUGCGGCUGCGAUGAAGGACCAGGGCGAUUGGUGGUGA